GUUUAUCUUGAUGAAUGUGAACUAACUCAACAGCUUUAUCCAAAGGAAAAUGAUUUGGUGUUCUUGGUUCCUGAAAGACUAAAUGGAGAGAUGGAAAAUACAGAGAGAAAUUGCCUGCACGAUCCCCACGAAUAUCAUUGUGGUUAUGUUAAUAAAUUUUGCCGCACUUCAGUCAUGCGUAAUGGGAAAUCUGAGUGUUCCCUUUUCAUCCAGACUCAAGAUAAUUUGGCAGUCAAUUUAAAUGAACUGGUAAAAUGCAUUGUAAUCAGUUCUCUGUUAACUACGCAAAGGAAGUUGAAAGCCAUGUCUUUGUUGAAUGGUCGGAGUCAGCUGGCCAGAGUUGUUCUGAAUCCAAACCCCAUGGACUUCUGUACAAAAGAUUUACUAACUACAACAUCUGAGAGAAUUAUUGCCUACUUAAGAGAUUUCAAUGAAGACCAAAAGAAAGCAAUAGAAACUGCAUAUGCCAUGGUGAGACACUCCCCAUCGGUUGCCAAAAUCUGUCUGAUUGAAGGACCACCUGGAACAGGAAAAUCAAAAACUAUUGUUGGCCUCCUGUAUCUCCUCCUGACAGAGAGCCAGAGGAAGGGGCAUUCAGAUGUUAACUCCAAUGCCAAAAUCAAACAAAACCGAGUCCUUGUGUGUGCACCUUCCAAUGCAGCUGUGGAUGAACUUAUGAAAAAAAUCAUCCUCGAAUUCAAAGAAAAGUGUAAAGACAAGAAGAAUCCUUUGGGAAACUGUGGAGAUAUAAAUUUAGUGCGUGUGGGUCCAAUAAAGUCUAUUAAUAAUGAGGUCCUAAAAUUCAGUUUGGACAACCAAGUUGACCGCAGAAUGAAAAAAGACUUACCUUCUCAUGUUCAGGAGAUGCAUAGAAGAAAAGAAUAUCUGGAUAAUCAGCUGGACGAACUUUCCCGCCAGCGUGCUUUAUGUCGAGGUGGAAGGGAAAUACAGAGACAAGAAUUAGAUGAAAAUAUUGCAAUGGUAUCAAAAGAAAGGCAGGAACUUGCUUCUAAACUUAAAGAGGUUCAAGGACGCCCACAAAAAACACAGAGUAUCAUCGUUUUGGAGUCCCAUGUCGUCUGCUGCACCUUGAGCACCAGUGGUGGUUUAUUGCUCGAGUCUGCUUUUCGUGGGCAAGGGGGUCUCCCCUUCAGUUGUGUCAUUGUUGAUGAGGCUGGGCAGUCUUCUGAAGUUGACACCCUUACUCCGCUCAUCCAUCAUUGCAACAAGCUUAUCCUAGUAGGAGAUCCUAAACAGCUCCCUCCCACUGUCAUUUCUGUGCAGAAAGCCCAGGAGCAUGGCUAUGACCAGUCAAUGAUGGCUCGCUUCUACAAGCUGCUGGAGGAGUACCUGGAACACAAUAUGAUUGGCAGGCUGCCCAUCGUACAGCUCACCGUUCAGUACAGGAUGCAUCCAGACAUAUGUCUCUUCCCUUCUAAUUAUGUUUAUAACAAAAGCUUGAAAACAAAUAGACUGACUGAGACCACGCGGUGUUCAUCAGACUGGCCGUUUCAACCUUACCUUGUGUUUGAUGUCGGAGAUGGUUCAGAAAGACGGGAUAAUGACUCGUAUGUAAAUGUUCAAGAAAUAAAACUGGUAAUGGAAAUAAUUAAACUUAUUAAAGACAAAAGAAGGGAUGCUACACUCCGAAACGUUGGCAUAAUAACCCAUUACAAGGCUCAGAAGAUGAUGAUUCAGAAGGAUUUGGACAAAGAGUUUGGUAGAAAAGGGCCUGCAGAAGUCGGUACUGUGGAUGCCUUCCAGGGUCGCCAGAAAGACUGCAUCAUUGUUACGUGUGUCAGAGCAAAUACCAUGCAAGGCUCCAUUGGAUUUCUGGCAAGUUUGCCAAGAUUGAAUGUCACCAUUACACGAGCCAAGUACAGCCUCUUCAUCCUCGGACAUUUAAGGACCCUGAUGGAAAAUGAGCAUUGGAAUCAACUGAUUCAGGAUGCACAGAAGCGCGGUGCCAUUGUUAAGACCUGUGACAAAAACUACAGACAUGAUGCCACAAAGAUUCUGAAACUCAAGCCGGCACUUGAGAGAAGCCUGACUCACCCCCUUGCCAUCACCCCAGAGGCGCCCAGGGCCCAGGGUGGCUUGCCUGGCAACAGACUAGGCAGUGAACUUGCCCAUACAUCAUUUGCUUCUUCCCCAAACUCUGCACCCUCGGACCCCAAGGGAGCCACUGUUACCAUCCCUGCUCAGGGUCCUGAGCGGCCUCCCCUGCGGGACCGGCUGCGAGAUCCACGCCUGCUUCGGAGGAUGGGCAUGGACCGCAAAGGGCAAUGCCUCCAGGAGCCACAGCCCUUGAGCCCCCAGCAGCCUGGAGCAGCACCUCCCUCGCAAGAGCCAGGCUUUCCUGUGAGUCACCAGAAUCUCGGGAGUGUGCAGCCGUCCACUGCCGAAGUAGCUCCUCUGAGCAGCCACCAACUUCCCGGGCCUGGUGACCCUCCGGCUGCUAGUACUGAAGCUUCCACAAGUAAAAGAAAACAUGGCCAGGAAGAAAAUCUCAGCCAUCGAAGAGAGACCAGGGCUUUCAGUGAAGGGGACCUGGAAAAGCAUAGCUCUGAGAGCCAUCACACAGAGAGGAACUCUGGCUGGGAGAAGAGGAGACUGGAGGAGGAUAGUUCAAAGAAAAGAAAGCUUUUAUAGUGAAGGCCAAAUGACAUAGACUUUCAGCCAUAAGCGUUAUUGCAGACUUAAGAUAACCAGCUAAAAGGACCAUUCAGAUAAGAUGAUUUUUUCCUAAAAGGAGUUUGUGUGCUAUUGGAAAACAUGGAAAGUGCAUCCACAUGCCUGAGCCUGUGGGUCAUCUUCAGUACUUUUUUCAGUUGCAAAAGCUUUCAGAGGGUGUUUGUGUAUCAGUAAUCCUGUCCUUGAAGCCGGAGACUGGAAAUGUUGAUCUCCUGUUCUAUAAAGAAGGUCAGACUGGAGUGAAUGUUGUAAAAGUUAAAAUGUAUAUUUGUAUAGCAAAUAACAAAAUCCUUUUAAAAUUUAA